AAUGUUAUAAUAUGGGGUGGAGCAACCAGUUCUGCAGGUGGCAGCCAGGUAUAUUUGUUUGUUCUCUCUCUUUUAGCCACUCCUGCUUUCAUUUCAGUGGAAGUGAAACUCGUCCCUGCUUCCUAGUCAGUCUGUAAGAGCUUUACUUAGUGGUUUUUCCUUCUUGUAUUUUGCUGUUGCUGUUCCUAAGAAUAAGCUGUUGUUGUGCUGCUGUAUGUAUUCAUUUAUAUAGUAUAAUGGCAAAAUCUAGCAUUUCUUUGGCUCAGGAUCAGUUCAGCUGUUCAAUCUGUCUGCACCUAGUUCAGGACCCAGUGGUCAUUCCCUGUGGACACAGUUACUGUAUGAGCUGUAUUACAGGCUGCUGGGAUCAGGAUGAUCAGAAGGGAGUCUACAGCUGUCCUCAGUGCAGACAAACCUUCACUCCAAGACCUGUUUUAUGUAAAAACACUAUGCUGGCUGAAGUGCUGGAGAAACUAAAGAACACAAAACUACAAGCUGCUCAUCCUGCUCAAUGUUAUACUGGAUCUGUAGGUGUGGAGUGUGACGUCUGUACUGGGAGAAAACAUAAAGCCAUCAAGUCCUGUCUGGUGUGUCUGAACUCUUACUGUCAAGAUCAUCUUGAACAACAUGAGACUUUAUUCAGAGGUAAGAGACACAAUCUAAUGGAUGCCACUGGACGACUGCAGGAGAUGAUCUGCCCUCAACAUGAUAAACUGCUGGAGGUUUACUGUCUCACUGAUCAGCACAGUAUAUGCUACCUGUGUGCUAUGGAUGAGCACAAAACCCAUAAGACUGUAUCAGCUGCAGCAGAGAGGGCUGAGAAACAGAGACAGUUGAUGGAAACUCGAAGAAAAUUCUGCCACAAAAUCCAAGAGAAACAGAAGCAGCUUGAGGAGUUGAGAAAGUCUAUGGAGUCUCACAAGUGCUCUGCACAGACAGCACUGGAGGACAGUGAGAGGAUCUUUACUGAGCUGAUCCGCUCCAUUGAGAGAAGCCGCUCUGAGGUGACACGGCUGAUCAGAGAUCAGGAAAAGACUGAAGUGAGUCGAGCUGAAGAACAACUGAAACGACUGGAGCAAGAGAUUGAAGAUCUGAGGAAGAGAGACGCUGAGCUGGAGCAGCUUUCACACACAGACCUUCACAUCCAUUUCCUCCAGAGUUUCCAGUCUCUCUCUGUUCCUCCUGAAUCUACAGACUCACCCAGCAUCACUGUCAGUUCCCAUCUCUCUUUUGAUGAUGUUGGUAAAUCUGUGUCUGAUCUGAGAGAGAAACUAGAGCAUUUCUGCAGAGAGGAGAUAAAAAUGAUAUCUGGUAAAUUAACAUACACUGAGAACUUUCCCCCUCUUGAGCCCAAAACCAGAGAGGAGUGUCUACAAAAUUCCCAUCAGUUCACUUUGGAUAAAAAUACAGAAAAUAAAAAUACUUUUUUGGUAAAAGGGAACAGAGACUUUGGAAGUACAGCAACUCAAAAAGGAGGAAAAGAAAUAUACAAUGGAGGGGUAGAGAGCAGAAGUGAUGAAACAACCCUUGAUGAUAUCCACGUUAAGCCAAUUGUUUCCUUGCCAGAGGUGGAGGUGAAGUCUGGUGAGGAGGAUGAGGAAAUCCUGUUCAAAGAAAGGAUCAAACUUUACUGCUGGGACUGUGAAAAUGAACUGUGGAAAGAACGUGGUGUAGGAGACAUCAAGAUCCUUUUCCAUCCAGUGAGGAAGACCUACCGUGUGAAAAUGCAACAAGAUCAGGUGUUGAAAGUAUGUGCCAACCACAUCAUCAGCAAAAACACUGUGCCCAAACUCAUGACCACCUCCACCGAUGCAAUGGUAUGGACUGCUACUGACUAUUCAGAGGGAAUUCGUAAAGUAGAGAAAUUUGCAGCCAAGUUUAAGACUCCAGGAUUGGCCAAGUCCUUUAUACAAGUUUUCACAGACUGCCAGAGUUGUAUAUAACAGGUCUGUAACAAUAGGAUUAAUUGUAAAGGAAAUUUUCAAACUUUUCCUCCACAGCAGACUUAUACCCCAGUUGUGUAUUUUAGACAGCGAAAUUUGUAACACAGUUUUGCUGUAUUCACAUUAAAAACAUAUGAGUUUCCAAAAACAAACAAACAACUUAAUUGUUU